GUCCUGUCUUCCGCCAUCAUCAGCGCCGACACAACACCUUCCAAUCCUCGCUCAGCAGCCGCCAAUUUGAAGUUCAAUUCUUCAAUGCCUCGAAUACACUGGACAGCAUGCCAGAGACCACCUACGAAGCCCCCUCGGUCCCCACUCUCCUCACACUCUCGUCAUUCCUCUACUUGAACAGCGCCGCCAGUAGCCUCUUUGACCGCCUCAUUCACGCUAACCUGCUCGGCCCGCUGUUCGUCGGUAUCAUAUACGGCCCGCAGGUCGCCAACAUCCUCCCUUCGGACGCCCUCACCACUUUCAUCAAUGUCGGCUACAUCGGCCUCCUCCUCAUCGUCUUCGAGGCCGGGCUGACCACGGACCUCUCCCUCCUCGUCGCGAACAUUGCGCUGUCAGUGGUGACCGCGCUCACAGGCAUCAUGUUUCCGAUCGGCUUCUCGUUCUUCCUGCUCUACUUUGGGUUCGGGUACACCGUAUUGGAGGCUUUCGCGGCGGGCGCAUCGCUCUCAAGCACGUCGCUGGGGACGACGCUCGCGCUCCUCCCGACGCGAAUGCGCCGCACGCGCGUUGGCGCCGUGCUUAUGAGCGCGGCACUCCUGGACGACAUAGUGGGCCUUGUCAUUGCGGCGAUCAUCGUGCAGCUGGCAGCCAACGGGUCGACGGGAAUGGUCCCGUGGUACGUUAUCGUACGCCCCAUCCUGGUCUCUUUGGCCUUCGCGGGCGGGGUACCGGCGCUAGCUUACCUCGUACGGGCGGUCGUACCAGAAGCGCUCCUGAGACGGCCAUCGUUCCGCGCCCCUCCCGCUCAGCUCUUGCUGCUCGUCGCAGUGCUGUCGGGGAUCGUCGCUGGCGCGAACUACGCGGGCACCAGCGAGUUGUUCGGCGCCUAUCUCGCCGGAAUCUUCCUUUCCAUUCUGUUUGAGGCCGUUGCGCCCACCAGCGACAGUGACAGCGCUUCGUCAGUGGUCACCCCAGCUGGCGUGCACCCGACACUCGAAGCUUACGAGGUCCUCCUUACACCUGUGCAGAACCGACUUCUUGCUCCGCUCUUCUUCGCAUCGGUGGGCGUUGCGCUGCCUAUACGCUCCCUCGGACGCGUCGAGGGGUCUUCGGCGGUCGUCUGGAAAGGCAUCGUCUUCUCGAUCCUGAUGGUCCUCUGCAAGGCCGUGGUGGGCGUAUGGAUGCUCAUCUGGCCGGACGCUGCUGGGGGCCGAGGCUGGUUCGGCUCGCGGAGGGGUCCAUCUCCGCGACACGAAGAUUAUGAAGACCGAACGCAAUCGGAGAAGGACGCGCGCAAAUCGCGCAGGUGGAGUGCGGCACUUCUGGGCAUGGCGAUGAUCCCUCGAGGGGAGAUUGCGCUCAUCGUGGCGCAGUUAGCGCGCCCUCUGCUCAGUCCGGAGGGCGAAGGGGACUCAGAGCCCUUUGCGGUGGUCAUCUGGGCUAUACUGGUCACCACUGUGGGUGGUGCAUUGGGUAUCGGGUUCAUGUUGGGAAAACGGGCAUUCUGAUCUGUGGGUCGAAUACUUCGUCCAUAAUCACCCAGACUUGAUUGGUGAAGAAAAGCAAUGUAACUAAAAGGGUCAUGCUUUGUGAACGGCGC